AUGUCAAAGAAAUAUCUUGAUGAGGCCGUCGAUUCGUAUUUCACUGAUACUCCGCCGUCAGAAUGGUCAUACCUGGGUUUUUUAGAAGCAUUAAAAUCAACAUGGAUGUCCACUGAUAGAUACAUAUCAUUCGUCGAGAACUCAGCAUUACGAAAACGAUACUGUAAUUUCCUAAGAAUUCUCUCUGAGGAACGAGAUAGUGAGCAAGGUAGAACUGCGACUUUACUGUUACAGAAGGUAUGGGGUGCCGUUCCUACAGUGCAACAUUCUGCUGUCAUACAGCUCUGGGGGGUGCCGUUCCUACCUGGGGACGAAACGCAUGGGGUAAAGGAAUUCUGGGAAUGCGUCAAUCUUGAUAAAAAAGUGACAAAAGAACGGAUCACUAUUAAGAAGAAAACAGAAUUAGACGCAUUAAAGGUGCUUGAAUCCGCUCGGACCAAUGAAGCGGACGGUCUAGUUGACCAGUUCAACAUCGAGAGGAAGCAAAAGAAAUUUCAAUUAACCACCGAUUUAUCUGAUCAUAAAGUAGAAAAUGACGAUUACAACAAAGAGAAUGUAGAAAAUAAUAAGAUGGGUCCGUUCCCUCUCACUGAGGAACACCGACAGAUGAUUGAGCAGACAUUUAAUG